AUGGACGAGCUGAACGAGAGAGCUGAUGGCUUCGUUCGUCUAGAAGAAGAGGAAGCAGCUAACGCUAGGAAGACAUCUAUCAUCUCCACAGAGGAGAAGUCCAAAGUCAAGAUUUGGCAGAAACAACCCCCACCGCAACAUCAGACCUCCUGGAAGGCAGAGAAAAGUUUUAGAGAGGAUGGACUGAUUACUCCACUCAAAGUUACGUUGGCGAGGCUCUACCAAGAAAACAAAGAUAAGUUUCGUCCUCUCUUACCAAUCAGACAACCUCUCGAGCAGAGGGAUCAAUCUAAGCAUUGUGCUUUUUAUAGUGAUUUUGGUUAUCAGACUAACGAAUGCAGGAACCUGAGGAGGCAAGUGGAAAUGCUGAUCGCCAGAAGGGAGUUUGUAGGGUAUGUUCAAGGGCCGGCACAAGAGAAAAAUCAUCCAGCUGAGCAGGUCAAGAGAAACCAAAAACCGAGCCACCUUAACGCUCAGCCCGUUCGGAUUAUUAACGCAAUCUAUGGCCGACCCGAGCAGACCGCAAAAUCUGAGGAAUUACUCCGAACACGCCUCCACCAAGCGCAAAUGAAGAGGCGAGUAGGCAGUAUCAACACCCUGCACCAACAGAGCUCGGCCAUGCAGAUAAGGUUCGAUAAGACCGACCUGAUGCGAGUUCAGAUUCUGCAUGAGGACCCCUUGGUUAUUAGUUUGACAGUGGCAGAAUGCUUAGUACGAAGAAUGCUCAUUGAUCUGGGGAGCAGUACGAAUAUCAUGCCUAGAGUUACUUUUGAUCGGCUUGAAAUUAAGCCAGAGGAACUUAAGUCUACUGGAAAUCCGUUGUUGGGGUUUGAUGGCAAACGAGUCGAACUGAUCGGCACUGUUGAAUUGGUGGUUCGAGCAGCUGAGAGGGACUUAGUCGAAAGAUUUGUGGUGGUGGAGAUCUAUCCCUCCUAUAACUUGUUGAUGGGGAGAUAA